AAAUAGAAAAUAAAAAAAAAUACAUUAAACCUGGAUCAACCUAUCAUACACCUCUUUAUUGGUGGGUAAACCGACUCCCACUAUACGCACAUGAUGAGACCUUCAUCGCCAGAAGACUAAGGUUAGCUCGGUAGGUUAAAAAGCCACCACUCAUGACCCAUAACCUUCCGGUCCAAACGAACAGUCAAAAUCACUGUCAACUAAAGCCGUCGGGCAGCACGCUGGAUAAAACUCUCACGUACUCUUUCUUUUCCAUGUACAAGAGCCACCCAAUCCACCCCAACACUCGUUUGUAAAUCAGUAAAUCCCCUGAAACCUUUCUAGAUAUGGACAUAGAAGUAAUAUCAAGAGAAACUAUCAAACCCUCUUCUCCUACCCUUCCGCAUCUCAGAAUUUAUCCACUUUCCUUUUUUGAUCAUGUCCUUUUUAGUCACUAUAUUCCAGUGGUUUACUUUUACGAGCCAACCAGUACUACUGAAGAUCGUGAAGAAAAAUCUGAUGAAGUGGUCAAGAAAUCCUUAUCUCAAGUUCUUGCCAUGUACUACCCACUUGCUGGCAGAAUCAAAGAUCGAGCUUCCAUAGACUGCAACGACGAGGGCGCAACAUUAUUAGUCACUCGUAUCAAAUACGACUUAUUAGGUUUGCUUCGAAACCCAAAGGAAGACCAUCUCGAGAAUUUAUUCCCUCAUGAAUUGCCUUGGAAGACAGUGGAUCCAUAUGAUCCCUUGUUGGUCGUUCAAGUGAACCAUUUUGUGUGCGGAGGAAUUGCAAUCAGUGUGUGUAUGUCUCACAAGGUGGCCGAUGGGUGCACGAUCUUCAACUUUGUCAAAGACUGGGCCACCAUUGCCAGAAAAUUUGAAUCUUGUGGAGAAGAGAAGGAAGGAGAAGAAAGAGUAAUCCUCCCACGAUUUGAUGGAGCAUCAAUAUUCCCACUUGAAGGUUUACCAAAUUACCCAGAAAUGGAUUUUGCGAGAGACAACACUGUGAGAUGCAAACGGUUCAUACUCGAUGCCUCGAAGAUUCAAUCUCUCAAGGCCAUGAUAUCGCAGAAAGUGAAAAAUCCCACACGCGUGCAAGUUGUGAGUGCUGUUCUUUACAAAUCUGCAGUUUCAGCUUUAAGUUCAUCUUUCAAAUCAUCGACCCAACCCCCGUGGCUUUGCUCUUGGGCGAACCUUCGGACGAGAAUGCUCCCUCCAGUACCCGAAAAGACCAUAGGAAACAUGAUCUGGUGUUACAUAGUAUCUGCUACGAUGGAAGAAGGAUUGAAUGAGGUUGUCUGCAAAUUGAAGCACUCUUUGACGGAGUUUUGUGAUACCCAUGUUGAACAAUUUGGGAGAAAGGACAAGUCAUUCAUCUCGGAGAUUUUGCAACAAGCAACUAGUUGGGACCCAGAUAGUACCGAUACGGUUGUGGUUGAUAUUAUGAGCUGGUGCAGAUUUCCACUUUACGAAGCAGAUUUUGGGUGGGGAAAACCGACAUGGGUGACCACUACUUGUUGCCCUCAUAGGAAUUGCAUGUUUCUUAAAGAUACAAGAGAUGGGGACGGGAUUGAAGUUCUUGUUAACAUGGAAGAAAAUGAGAUGGCCUUGUUUGAGCGUGAUGUUCUUCAAUAUGCUUCUGUUUCUCCAGGUAUAUAACUUAGUCAUGUAUUGAAUGUUUGUUUCGUUGAGGAGCUUGAUGAGGAUUGUUCUAUUAUUUUGUUUUUUAAAUUUUAUUAUUGUUAUCUUGUAUUUUAAUCAGGCUCUAUGUAUUCCCAUAUAAAGCUGGGUUAGUGUUGAAUAAGUAUUAAAUUUGAUCA